GUCGUGCUGCAGAUUCUCUCCUCCAGCUACAAGGACUCUUCCUCCACCGGGACGUUUGUGUACUCCAAACCUCGCCUCGUCCACAGUGAACCGCUGGAGAAAGACUUCAUGGAAAAGCGAAGGGAGCUCAAGCAGGAUGGGCGCACAGAGAAAGAGCUGUCUGAGACUUUCUGCUUCCUGCUUUGUGAUGCUCAAAAGGUCUCGGUGGUGUGUGAGAGAGGACUGUCUGUUGGUAACAGCUGGAUGAGUAUGUUGGGGAAUCCAUCUAAAGGUGUUUACCUUUGUCAGUUUUCUGAUUUACUUCAAAUCAGCCCCAUCGAGCCUGGAUUUACAGGAAACAUCAUCAUAUUUAAAGUUAUAAAGGGUAAAGUGAAGAGUGUACAUGACUGUAUGUCCAAAAAUAUGGAUCCUACACCUAAAUUUGACAGCCAUUUCUCCAAGAACUCAACCAGAGUGACGUCCUUACAGUCGUACAGGGCAUUCGAGUACACUCAGCAAUACUUCUACGAGUAUGUGGAUUUUGAGGUUUCGUCCAGGCCGAGACACGUGUGUCCGUAUGCGGUGGUCUCUUUUUACUUUAAAGGCAAAGAGGCUUCAACAGCGGCCCCCAAGCCGCUGCCUCCUCUCAGGUCUAACAGUCAGCCAUCAGGGACGAGCAAAGGUAGGCGCUGUUACACGGUAUGGCGAGGGCAUUUUGUGAACGGGGGGAAAGACGUGUACCAGGCCAGCCUUCGAUCGCUCUCUCAACCUUUCCUGCCCUACAAACUGCCAGAGAAGAUUGAGAUCGGUAAAGUCAUGAGCCUGCAGCAGGUCAAGCAGAAGAUCCCAUCAGCCCUCUUCUCCUGGAGCCUCUACACGGGCAGCCAUGAAGUGUCUAAAAGUGGCAUGUUCUGCAGUCUGUUUGACGUGGUGGAGAAGGACAGAACUUCUCCGAAGAGCUUGACUGCAUUGCUGCAGAAGCUGGAGGAGGAGGGUCUGGUUUUGGUGAAUAUGGUGAGGGACAGAGGUUUCCUCUUCUUGCUUUCUGCCAGUCAAAUGGCCAACUCCAGCGAGCGACGAGGUGGUUGGAAAAUGUCCUCUAUACAAGCACUUUUUGUUUACCGUGAGAAGCGUGACUGGUUGAAGAGCGCAUCGAAUCCCUCUGAGAGCUGCAGACCUGUGUCAUCAGAGCAUCACAGUCCCAUCAUGCCCCAGCACGACUGCUUCGUCUCCGCUCUCCACUGCGCUCUGAGCAAGGCUCGCGGCGAGCCUCCCGCUGACCUCAGCGCCGCUGUAGAGCAGCAGGUUUACGACUACCUCACUAACCUCCGCGAGGGCAAGCCCCUGCAGCGCAUCCGCACUGACUAUGACCCCAAACUGGAUGCCAGGGAGAAGCUCUUUCCUGCGCCCCGGCAGAAGACCAACUGGGAGAGCUUCGUGCGGCCCUACAUCUACAAGCCGGCCGUGUUCACCAUGCUUCUGGAGAGCGUGAAGAAGAAGGUGGAGGAGCUCCGGGUUCAGACUGAGAGAGCAGCCACUCAUAAUGACCCGGACAAAGUCCAGGAGCUGCUGAAGCUCAUCCAGAGGAACAAGAAGAGCUCGAAGGGACAGGAGGGAGAUUCAGAGCUGGUGGAGGACGCCUGCACGCUGAAGAGGAAGCUGGAUCUCGACGCUCAUGAGGGAAGCUCAAAACGCCAGAGAAGUCAGCCCAACGCAGAAUUAAGAGAAGCGGACGACAGACAGUCCCCUCCAUCUCUGGCUAAUGUUCUGAGCAGCGUCGGUCUUCAGGACACAGACCUGAGGAAGAACAAGACUCAGGGAGUGCUGAAGAUCAUGGAGAUCCUGGACAGCUUCGGAAAGCCCAGUCUUGACACGGACCUGCGCAGAGGCAAGAGGCAGGGCGCGCUAGAGGUCUUAAGAAUGAUAGACACCCUGACCAGAGGAUCCGCAGAGGCGCCUGAAGACACCGAGACGACAGACAUUUCUGACACCGCUCUGUUCGACAGCAUGUCGAGACUCGGCCUUCCGACCGACCGCGACAUCGACCUCAGGAAGAGAUUUGUGGAGGAUGAACCCGAGAGGAGCGACUGUCUGGAGAAAGAGCGUGCAACAGACUACGUAGAGAAGACGCAGGUGAAGAGAGGAAAGAAAAAGUGCACAACAGGCUUCGUAGAGAAGGCGCAGGUGAAGAGAGGAAAGGAGGAGACCGCUGGUAGUUUGAGUAGUUUAGAAGCAUUUAGCCCUUGUUCAGAUUCUGGAGGACAGCAGCGUGGUGUUAACCUGCUCGGGGAAAAGACCAUUCCAUGGGUGCUGAUUCCCAUCACAGGUCUGAAAACAGAGAGAUAUUCCCAGAGACAGAUGGACUAUCCUGAAGAUCCACGCUUCGUUCAAAGCCCAACCGUGUCUACACAUGCCACACCUGACAUUAAGGACCUGUCCCCUCCCUACCAGCCAGACAGCAGCAACACAGCGAUGGAUCUGGAUGUGCCGACAGCAGCAGAGGUUGAGGAUGAAGAGCCCGUCGCUCCAGCUGUGACCACAGAGUGUCCUGCAGACGGCAGCGGUUUUGACCACAUAGUCGAUGAGCUCGUCUCUGGUUUCUCCAGUGAGGUUGAGCAGCUCUUGAGGGCCAAACGUAUUUAUUAUGUCGCUUGCUCCAGCACCCAGGGCUCACGGGAACCGCUCCAGACUCCAGCUGUGCCACUUUCCAAUUACGUCUCAAACUACAACCCUCCGUUUCCCGUCAGUAACUACAUCAGCUCUUUCCACGACAGCCUGAUGAUGUUCAUCGACCCUCAGCACGUCAGUCGAAUCCCCGGAGCUCAGGAAGAUGUGACUUCUUCCUCAUCUGCUGCAGAAGUUCCUUCAGAUGUCCCUGAUACGUCCUCCAGCUUUAAUCCGUGUGCUUCCUCGUCUUCCAACAACACCUUUGAGUCAUCUCUGACACCAUGUUCCCCUUCUAGUGCCCUACCUGAGCAGAUGACACAGCCUCAACAUCACUCAAGUUUGCCCGACCCUGAUCUCCAGCAGACACCCCAGCAGAUGUGGGCAUCAGAGCAGGACUCGGUGACCCAGAAGACGCAGGAAGUAAACGUCCCACAUGAUCUUCAUGAGAUAAAUGGUAGUUUGGCUGCUGAGACUACAGGUGCUGUGGAGGGUAGCCCUGGCAUGCCAGCUGAAGACGGCCAGAUAGGACAUGCUCAUUCUGCCAUCAGCAGUAUCAUCGAUCAGCUGCAGCCCGAGGUGAUCAGUAACCUGGUGGAGAUCAUUAAAGGAGUUCAGAAGAACAUAGUCUACUUCUACAUCCAUUCCACGGAUGAGGAGGAAAGUGACGUCUGCUGGGAAAUUAAGGAAUAUUUGAAAAAGUUGGGGAAUUUGGAGUGUAACCCACAUGGAUUCCUUGAGAAAAGCAGCAGUCAAGACAAACUGCUGGUCAUCAUUCAGAAUAUGGACAUCGCCGCACAGGUUCACAAGAUACCUUCUCUGGUUUCCUUGAAGAAGCAUCCGUCUGUGAGCUUUGCUGGCGUAGACAACCUGAGUGACAUCCAGAACCACACCUACAACGAGCUCUUUCAGUCCGGAGGCUUCAUCGUGUCCGACGAGCACGUCCUGAACUCAGCUGUCAUCACUGCAGAGAAACUUCAAGAUAUCCUUGAGUACAUUGAGCAGCUCAGCUCUCCUCAGAGCCCCUGGAGGUGGAGGGUGCACUUCAAAUCACACAAGAAACUCAGAGAGCACAGCAGGCUCAAACCUGAUGCUUUGAAGCUGUUCGAGAUCCUCAGUGAAUAUGAGAAGAGACACAUCGUUGAGAUCCUGUCGUACCACGACUGUGACACUCCAUCACGUCAAGCGCCUGACCUCGAUUGUCUAGUGGAUCUGCAAGCCAGAUUCAUCAAACAACGACACCUGAUAUUUCUGACAGGCUGCCAGUUUGAGAUGUUUCCCCAGUACUCCAGCAGUGGCUUCGUCAUUGCCAAUGUUGAUGACAUAAAGUUUGUAAUAAGCAGUUUAGCGUCUGAAGGAAAUGUGGACAGCGCUCCAUCAGCAGAGACUUGCGGCUCUCCCUCUCCAGCGUCAUUGAGAGACGAUAGUAUGUCCUUGGACUCGGACCUGGAUUCUCCAGAUAACCCUAUCCUGGUCUCAGUCUCACCGGAGACGCCCUGUGUUGUCCCAGACCAGCGGCCGCUCUCCGAACCCUCUCUCCAGGACCAAGCCAAUCCAAUUCCCGUGAUCACAACCGCCAGCGAGACGCCAAAACCAAUAGACUUCGUGGCUCUCAGUGAAGCGAUUUCUCAGUUCAAGACAUCCAGGAUGCUUUCCAAGUUGGACUCGGGUGAAACUCUUCAGACGUCUUUUGGAGUCGAUCCUCACCAGAGCUUCCUCAGCCACAGCGGUCUGUCUGAUUCCUAUCCUCGUUGCUCCUCGGUAAACCACAGUGUGUCUCAUACUCAGCCUGAGAUGCUAGUCAAAGCUGAAGCAGCUGGGGCUCCACUGAGCUCUUCUUCUCCAGUUGAAGCCAGUCAUGAACUGGUCCUGUAUGGAGAAACGGCAGCUAAGAGCACCAGCAGUAUACUGGAUAUUUCCAAAGCUUGGGAGCAAUCCAGCACAAGCUCCACGGUCACGGCUAAUGCUGGACAAAUGUCCACUGAAAGCGGCGUUUCAGAGAAAACUACAGUGAGCAGCGCUAGUUCCUCUGAAGCAGCAGGACAGGGCUUUUAUCCAGCGCUGCAGGGCUUCACGGCGGGCCCAAGCUUCAUCUCUCACAAUGCUGCUGUUGGGCUCAGGCAUCCUCUUCUGAACUGCACCGUUCCCAACAGCGUCGGAGUCGUGGGAGCUCCGGCCUUCACCGGGUUCUUGCCCAAUCCAAGCAUGCAGAUGUCCUGGAGCGGUGGUUUAGCGCAGGGCUCGGCACCGGGCCUCUGGGGGGCACACUAUGGCGUAAAUAUGCAGCAGAUCCAGGGUUCGGCAUUCCUCCAGACCUGGCAGGGAAACCCUGCCUUCCAGGGGGAUGCAUAUCAUCCCAACAGAGGAGGAUUCAGUGGCUGGUGACCCAGCGGCGUGUGUAGAUAGUUUUCAAACUCUUGUUUACAACUCCCAGUCUCAGUUCGACUUUUUUGUAUAAUAGAAAUCAAACGAGAUAGUUUUCAAACUCUUGUUUACAACUCCCAGUCUCAGUUCGACUUCUGUAUAAUAGAAGAGAAAUCAAACAUUUCUAGGUUUUCACUGAGCGUGAAUUAAAAAAGUGAUUUUCAUAUUUUUCAAGAGAGCAUUAUAUUUGUAUUUUGCAUUUGCAUGUUGGUGGAGCUUAUGUCGGUUCAUUUUCCUCUUUUGUGAAGAAGCUCAAGGCCUUGGUUUUAAUAUUUUUACAAAGCCGAUAAUAUACAUUAAACAACUUUCAAACUA